AUGGGACAUUGCCAAGACGCCUACAUAAAUGCCAUUUGGGCAUUCACGUUGCUUCUGUUGACAUCAACCACGAAAGGCUUGACAGACAACCGGUGCUACCUAGAGAACGGCGCCUCCUCAGAGAGCUUCUUCGUGUCCGAAGACCUCCCCGUCGGCUCCAACGUGGGUCAGAUCCGCGUCCACGGCGACCCCAGACCUGGAGGAUCCAUAACCCUGCGCCUCAAAGAGGGCGACAGCCCCGUGGCCAUCACCCCCGGCACGAAAAACCUCACCCUUCGCCGACCCCUCGACAAGGAGGGCAUAGACGGACCUUCCUCCGUCUUCAUCAACCUCAUCUGCGAGAGAUCGCACACCCUAGAUCCGGGAUUCGUGAUCCCUGUUAAUAUCAGAGUCACGGACGCCAACGACAAUGCGCCGAUUUUCGUGAACGCGCCCUACGUGCUGAACAUUUCCGAGGUGACGGUGGUCGGUACCAGGGUGCUGCAGGGCGUACACGCGGUGGACAAUGACCAACAAGGUCCCUUUUCCAACGUUAGGUACUCGGUACUUCCCGGGCUGCAUUCGGACUUUUUCGAAUUCGAGAAUGAGCUGGAAGGUACGCUGGUGCUGAAGAAGCCCCUGGACUAUGAGAGUCUGAAGACCUUCGACGUGCACAUAAGGGCGCAAGAUCACGGGGAACCCCCCAUGAAGACGGAUACGGCGCUGACGGUGCAUGUGAUUGACGCCGACGACCAGAAUCCCAAAUUUUUGGACGACAGGUACACAGCCGCAAUUCCCGAGCUACCAAGAAAGGGUACCAUUUUGACGAUCAAACCGAGGGAUAUAAAAGCAUUUGAUCAAGACCUCGGUAUCAACGCCGCAGUAUACUACACAUUUAACGGAGUCGGCUCAGACUACACGUACUUCAAACUAAACCGACAAACAGCUAAAAUCAGCCUUUCUAAAGACCUGGUGGAAAGCGACCUUCGCAACCCCGCUACCCUCGUCAUAAGAGCCACCCAGCAGGAUAACCCCGAUAAGUACGCUCUGGCCACCCUGACGGUUUCCAGGGAAAUGGGAAAAGGAAUCCGGUUUAUGCAUUCAAUUUUUUACAUUAAAGCUUCCGAGGCUCUUCCUGUGGGUUCAGUGGUGGCCACGCUGGCUAAUAACAGGCCGGGGGAACCCCUAAGGUACUUCGUUUCGGACCAGAAUAUCCUGAAGACCUUCGCCUUUAACACUAAGGGGGAACUGUCGUUGAAGCAGAAAUUGGAUUAUGAAGAUAGGUCCGAGUUUGUCUUCAAGGUUUUUGCAACCGAUGGUAUAACGAACGACUCCAGCGUGGUGAACGUAACCGUGGAGGACGUCAACGAGUGGGAGCCUAGGUUCCGUUACCCCCACUACGAAUUCUACGUCAGCGGGCACCCCAACGAGCUUCUAGGAAGGAUCGAGGCGGCCGACGGGGAUAAAAAUGAUGAACUGAUUCUCACCCUGACCGGGGAAAAUGCGUCUAUGUUUUUCAUAACGCCUUCGGGCGAGCUGAGGUUGAGAGAAGCGAAAGGAUAUACCGGCGUCGCAAACCUAGCAGUGAUAGCCACCGACAGCGGGACACCCCCGAAGAAUUCCACCGUUCCUAUAACCGUCCAUUUCCCCGAGACAGGAGAUCCUGCAGGCAUCAUUUCAAGCAAGGGCAACAACGGUGGCCCCCUUCUCCUCGCAGGUCUGGGUGCGAUUCUACUAGUUCUGGCCUUCGUUGUAGCCCUCCUAGUAGCAUACAUUUGCAAAGUAAAACGGAAUCCACGUCAAGAAUUGGCGACUCUGCAGUCGGAAAAACCGCAGGUCAUCACCGGGCCUAAAAAAGUCUCCAACCCCGUGUUCGGGGAGAGGUCCAGGACGCCCACGGCAUCGGCGAUGGGGGGCAUCCCCAGCGACUUCAAAUCGAGGAUUCCAAGCCCGAAGGUCCAUCCGGCACCACAGCCUCCACUGUGGCCUUCCUCUGCCUCUUCCACUAGAGUAAAGAAAUUGAGCUGGGGAGAUAAUAAUAAGACUGACUCUGACAGUACGGAUAAUAUGAACAAUAUCGACAGUACGCCGAAAUUACUAGACAACACAAAUCUGACGGUGUAUUUUAACAUUGUAGAUAUAGGAUAUACCGGCGUCGCAAACCUAGCAGUGAUAGCCACCGACAGCGGGACACCCCCGAAGAAUUCCACCGUUCCUAUAACCGUCCAUUUCCCCGAGACAGGAGAUCCUGCAGGCAUCAUUUCAAGCAAGGGCAACAACGGUGGCCCCCUUCUCCUCGCAGGUCUGGGUGCGAUUCUACUAGUUCUGGCCUUCGUUGUAGCCCUCCUAGUAGCAUACAUUUGCAAAGUAAAACGGAAUCCACGUCAAGAAUUGGCGACUCUGCAGUCGGAAAAACCGCAGGUCAUCACCGGGCCUAAAAAAGUCUCCAACCCCGUGUUCGGGGAGAGGUCCAGGACGCCCACGGCAUCGGCGAUGGGGGGCAUCCCCAGCGACUUCAAAUCGAGGAUUCCAAGCCCGAAGGUCCAUCCGGCACCACAGCCUCCACUGUGGCCUUCCUCUGCCUCUUCCACUAGAGUAAAGAAAUUGAGCUGGGGAGAUAAUAAUAAGACUGACUCUGACAGUACGGAUAAUAUGAACAAUAUCGACAGUACGCCGAAAUUACUAGACAACACAAAUCUGACGGUGUAUUUUUAAUAAUAUUGUGUAAACUAUU